UAAACGCGCAUUUUUUAUGCAAACAGAUAAGACUUUCAGUUGAAAGCUCUGUAACUGUAUAGCUGUGAUAUAUGCGAAAUUUAAAAUAAAUCUAAGGUUUACGUGGUAAAUAUCUGCGGCGCUGAGGUACUGCUAUAUGAAGGGGUCGUUAAGGGUAGCGCAGUACUGUCUCUACGUGGUUCGCGCCUUCGAGCUGCCGAGCGGAGGUGUUGCGCUGCGAGCGCUACCUGAAGAGAAGCACAGGGUCGUGCACUUGAGAGGCCGGGUGAUAAUGUCUCGUGAAUGAAUAUUUAAUUGCAGACAUACACAACAGUGCAGUUUCUUUGCGUUUUUCUCCCUUUGUGUCCUGCAGCGUUAGCCACCCUGGACGCGCUAGCACUGUGUAUAUACAACAAUGAGUAGCGAGGACUCGAACCCAGCUGCCGUGCCGACUCCCUGCCAAGACGUCCAGGGAGAUGGGCGCUGGCUCUCUUUGCACAACCGCUUUGUGUCAAACAGUAAGGACAAGGAGCCUGAUGUCCUGUUUGUUGGAGACUCCCUAGUUCAACUCCUUCACCAGUUUGAGGUGUGGCGACAGCUCUUUUCCCCCCUCCACUCACUGAAUUUUGGGGUAGGUGGUGAUGCUACACAACAUGUUCUCUGGAGACUCGGCAAUGGGGAGUUGGACCAUAUCAGCCCAAAGGUGGUUGUUUUGUGGGUUGGCACUAACAACCAUGGUCAUACUCCAGAGCAAAUCUGUGGUGGUAUUCUUGCUAUCACACAGCUCAUCAGCAACAAGCUGCCCCACGCUUACACUAUUAUACUGGGAUUGCUGCCCAGGGGUGAGAACCCCAACCCCCUUCGUACAAGGAAUGCCCGUGUGAAUGAACUACUCCAGGAAGCAGUAACUUCCAUACCCCAGGCCUCCUACCUCUCAGUGGAUUGCAGCUUUGUGCAGUCUGAUGGAAGGAUUUCCCACCAGGACAUGUACGACUACCUGCACCUCACACCUCAGGCCUACCAGAAAGUGUGCAGGCCCCUGCAUGCUGCCAUCAAGCGCCUGCUGGACAAACCAAAUGAGAACUGAGGACCUGGCAGAAGAUUAAAGUUGUGUAUGCACUGUACAAGAUUGUCUGCUUUAUAUUGUAGUAAAUGUAAUACAGCUGGAGGAGGGGUUGCCCUGAGUUCUUGGUGCUUCAUAUGCCACAUUAAACGUAACAGAAUCUAAUAGAGUGCAUUUGCUGUCUUAUUUAUCACUUUGGCACAUUUAGUUAUUAUGCAGUUUCAUAAUUCCCUCCCCUGACAUCUGUAGAAAGAGGCCUGUUCACAAUGAAGGUCUGGAGAUGAUAAAGACAUGGAAGAUUUAAUCUUGCAUUAGAAAGGAUAUUUUGAGCUGAUGUGAGAACUAAGAAGCCCAGACAGUAGAUGGAGGGGGUUUUUUUUAUAUAAAUUCUGUAGCAUUAGAUUACUGUAACUCUAACAAUGGGUCCAGUUCUUGCUGGAGUCACUGUAUUUUUCAGUGACCUUAUGUUCUGUUUCCUUAUUCUCACAGCUUUCAGUUGAUGUGACUUUUUGUUUACAAGAGCACAAGUAAUGAUGCUAGUUAAGGGUUUAGUAGUAGGGUAGGAGAAUGUGGGACUUGGGGGGGUUAACUCAAAUGCUUUCAGACCACUGCAUUAAUCUCCAUUGGCAUUCUCUCCUCUAAUGAAUUCUUAUUACUUUCUCAUGGGUAUAAGGAUAAACUCCUGUUUGUAUUUAGGAAACUGGGAAAUGUGUCAGCCCCAGGAAUAAAGCUGUAAAGAAGACAUAAAUGUGAAAAAGAUGGGAACCUAAAUUGUGAGUGGGAUACAGUGAUGUCUUACCCCCUACAAUAAAAAUAAUUGUGAAUGUUUUUCACUGACACAUGCAAA